ACGACGAUAUCGUAAUUAAUGGAAAUUAAGUCUCAGCCGACAGUGGCCAUGCUUUUGUUAAAUUAACAACCCGCCGUAGCGACAUAUGGAUAUUUCUCAGUAAAAAUGCACCACAGAGGAAUUUUAAUGUUGCUCAUGCUUAGCAUCAUUUUAGGGAGUGCAUGUGGUGACUCCAGAAAACCCUCAUUACCCAAGACCAUCAUCAGACAGAGUGAGAUGAGCUCCAGGAGUGAGGAUGAAUUUGAGAGGAACUUGAAAGUCCUGAUAGAGAACAUCAGAUCCUUGUCAAGAGAAGAAAAGACCAUGAGCAAAAUGACAGCACCCCGUGAAAGAAUCGCAAUUGACAGCACUAACCUAGACACUUACUUCACAAUAUUCAAGAGUUUAUUCACUAUAUACCAGCCAAUGCUGAUUGACAGUUUCAUUGAAACUCUUCCUAAGGCUUUAAUUUGUGUUUUGGCAGACAGACAGCACUGUGGAUGGCAAGCAGAUUUAACUAGUACCGUUUCAUCUGCAUUGAGUGAACAGAUACUUUCUGUGAUCUCCUCUGUUAAAUCUCAAGCCUGCAUGUCAACAUCUAAUCUGCGAAUGGCAGACUCCUCCAUUACUCAGUUAAACUCUGUUCAGGAGAUAUUGACAAAUGUUUUGUCCUCAGACCUCCCGCUUUAUCUGCUCUCAGAGAACUUUUUAGCCUUAUGGAAUAGUUUUAUGGACAUGACAAUUCCACCUGUGAUGUCCUUCGUGUCUGAAUUCAUGUUGAGUGCGCUUCAAACUCCAGUGGACUUUCUAAAACUUGGAUUACAGUUUGGCAUAGAGAUCCCUACGCUAGACCAGAGUGAGAAGUGUCAACAAGGUGACCUCAAACAGCUUAUCAUGUGGGGCAUGAGUCAUAAUGUGACCUGGUCUUUUGGACAAUCACUUCUGGAUAUGUUUUUGGCUCCUGAAUCACCUCCUUGCAGUUUCCCAGGUCCAGAAUGCCAAGCCACAAGCAGCAUCCAGUUCAGUCGUACUGGCACACCCUCAGUGGACAUCCGCACAUCCAGUCUCACCUGCGACCAACAAAACUUGAACCAACUCAAUGAAACCCUUUGUGCAGCAAUUUUAACAGCAACAUCUCAGGAAUCUUACGUCCUUUACCAGAUGUGUCAAGCGCUCCGCACACUCUCUCAAACCGAAGUGACAAAGGUCUGGAGGAGCAUGUGUCACAUGAUCCAAAACGUUGUCUUACCUCUCAUGGAACCCUGCAGUGAUCCUGCCACUGCACAAUCAAGACGUAUUGCGAGGUCCACCCUUAGCCUCAGUGAACUCCUCUGCGACUAUGAGAACUGGACUGCCAGUGGUUCCGUGGACCCGGCUCUGAUCACAAUGUGCAGUGAAAAUGAUCGUCCGGCAUUCAUCCUUGCUGUGUGUAACAAUGCUGAAGCUAUGCAAGUGCUGGUUAGAAAUCCCAUUAAUGCCUGGGUGUGGGAAUUCUGCGCAAACACGUCAGACACAUACAUAGUGAACCUGUAUUGUUCAUAUAACACGUGGACUACUGAAACCAUCGACCCAUCAAUAGUGACGUUCUGCUGGUAUAAUGACAUGGACAGAUUUGAGGGGCUAUUGUGUGACAGUACAGUCUUCUUUAUGGUUGUGUACUCCAGUGAAGAAAACAACUGGCUUAAGCCCAAUUGCUCUGAACCUCCUCCACAAAUUGACAUCAACACCAUUGUUGCUCAGUCUUGCAAAUACUCAGAAUGGAAGAAUUUAAGAGCAGUCACCCCUGAACAGAUAUCUCUAUGUAUCCAAAAUGAUGAGAUUCGAUUCAUUAAAGAGGUGUGUGUCAACCACACGUUCGUCACUGUUCUUGUGCUUAACAGCGGGAAUACCUGGGUAGCGCAAUAUUGCACUUACUCGAUCAGCAAUCCCUCCACGAGCCCACCACCGCUAAGCACUGAAGUCUGGUGUAACUACAACAAAUGGACUAACAUGUCUGUGGAUCCGACUGUGGUUGCUCUGUGCUGGCAGUACGACCAGAUAGGCUUUCGUCAGAACGUCUGCUGCAACUUGACCUUGUAUGAGAAGUUGUCUCUUCAUCUCGACAACCAAUGGCUGAUUAGAGAGUGCUCUAAUAAUGACACCACGAAAGUGUUGGCGCAGGUUUGUGUCUAUUCAGAUUGGAGCCAGCCUAUUAUUGUAGACAUGAGCGACCUUGCUCUCUGUGCCGAUCUUGAUGCUGAGAACUUCACUCGGAAUGUAUGUGCCAAUGUUACAGUUCUCCAGAAUUUGCUGGCCAAUUUAGACAACACCUGGUUAUUGGAGCAAUGCUCAAACCUGACUGCGUCUGGCCCAGGCGGUGGGGCUGGGAACGGGGGGAGCCUGAUGGGUUUCCGCCCGGCUGAGCAGUGUCAGUACUCCAGUUGGGCUUUGGUCCUCCCGGAUGCUGCUCUCCUCGCUCUUUGCUGGGACUAUGACCAGGCCAACUUUAUCUCCUUUGUCUGUGCUGACUCUUUCAUGCUCACCCACAUCACUCAGGAGGCCUCCAGCCUCUGGGUCGGCACUCUCUGUGCCACGUACACAGCUCCUCAUAUCGAGAGUCUAAAUGGGAGCACAACUGCUCCGCCGUGUCUACCUAGGGAGUUAGCUAAGAGGCUAAACUGGACCUGCAGCGCAGACUUCAGCGUUGUCUGCCAACCAGGUGGCAGUCAAGUCCAGGGCCUUCGGAUGCUGUUGCGCUGUGGGAUAGAGAUUCUCCAACCUCGCUUGGAGAAUCUCAUGACUACACAGGUGACAUCAGUGGUCAAGCAGGCCACCAGCCUGUGGAUUGUCCUGCUGUUGGCUCUAGAAGAAAGCCAGAUGACCUCUCUGAGGGUGACAGAGAAUAUUCGGCUUAGUGUGCUGGAGUCAAUUAUCGUCUACAUGGACAAUGAGGCCAACUUUGACAAAAAGCGUGUGCUUUUGCAGUGCUUUGAGAAAGUUCUGACCAGUCUGAUGCAAACAGGAAGAGAUGUCCCCACUAACUUUUUUCUGAUCAAGGAGUAUUUUCGAAUUCCUCUAUCUCAUCUGAGAUCAGUGCUCAGUGCAGCGGACAUCAUAAUUGUAAGGGAGGUUCUGCUGUACUAUAAUAGGAACUAUGCCACUUUGCAGCUAACAGAUGAUUACCUGCACACCAUGGUGUCCGUGCUUUUCCAAAUACACCUGCCUAGGGAUAUUAGCCUGUUCCCUGACAUGGGCCUUUUGUUGGCUCUGGCUACACCUUCAGACAUCAUGUCAAUGCCACCGCUACAAAACAACAUCAAUGCGUUAAGCAUCAUUAACUUCAGCAUCAAAAACCUUUCCCUGGAGCAGCAGCAAGCAUUUGGUCGAUGGUUCAGUCGGUCCAUGAGCUUGCCCAACAUGACAGCCGGCAGCUUAUCCUUCAUCAGAAACACUGGUAACCUGAUCGCCUAUCUGCCCUUCCAGAGCUUCCAGUACCUCUCACCUGCUCAGCUGCUGGAUGGUUUGGAUGUCUUAAAGAGUAACACCUUGGGUCUCCUCAAGCAGCAGUUCAUCGCUCAGAGUCUCACUGGAGCCUUCAAUAAUCUCACAGUAGACCAGUUCAGGAGGUUAGGUAAUCUGUCCUGUCUGGCUCACCCCAGCGAGCUGAUGGCAUAUGCAGGAACAGAAGCCUUUUCAGUGAUCCAGGACAACAUUAGAACAUGUGCUAUCCAGGGAUUUAGUGUUCCUAGCAAUAUGAUAUCCAGCUUGGUCUGGAAAGCAUCUGAGCUGCAGUCUCCCUCCAGUCUCUCUCCUCAGAGAGUCUCUCAGCUUGCCCCUUUUCUGCCCCUGCUGGGAUCCAGCGUCCUGCAGCAGCUCACCUCAGCCCAGCUCAUGCCUGCCCUCAGCACCCUCGCCUCUGUGCCUUUCACCCCAGCACAGGCUGGUGUUAUCAUCGACAAGAUCUCAGCCAAUUUGAGUCUGGCUCUACCUGGCUCUGGCCAUUUGUCUAUGCUGGGGUCUCUUGUGAGUGGAGUAAAGGUGGAGACUCUAUGGACUUUACCGUCUGAUAUUCUGCUGGAAGCUUUACCUGGCAUGAGCCUUCAGACACCUGGGCUCACCCCCCCUCAGGUCAACACUGUCAUCUGCAAACUCUGGGGUUCAAGUUCUGUGUCCCAGUGGAUGGAUAAAGUCAAACCUUUGCUCUCAAGCACUCCACUCCUCAGUGUGAUUCCCCAAGUACCUCUACUGCUGGUCAGAGACGCUGCUGUAAACACUCGCCUCUGGAACACACAGCAGGCUAAAGUUCUCUUUAAAGAGGCUAUCUUCGCCCACCCAAGUCUCUCACAACAGGAAUAUAUGUCUCUGGGGACAGUGGCUACGGGGGUGAAUUGCACAGACCUUAGAAGACUGUUCCAAAACCUGGCAUCUCUAUCUCCUCUACGUGACAUUCUGACGUUUCUGAGAGAGCAGCCUGUGCCACUCCACCCCUCAUUGAUAAAGUGUGUAACUGAGGAACUGUAUGAGUUUGACUUCUUCUCAGAGUUACUUGGAGAUUUGGGCUCUCAGAUUGCGCUGUCACUUCCGCUGAGCACUAUUAAGAAAUUUCCACCAGAUAAGAUGGAUUCCCUGAGGAAAAUGAUGGUACAGGAGCCACAUUUCUUCCUACUGCUUUCCAGCACCAAACAAGCUGUCCUGGUGGAUAAGAUGGUUCAAAGACUGAAUAUGUACACUGGCCUGUACACUGAAGAGGAGUUUCGUUCGCUAGGUGUCAUGGCUACGUUUGUGGCAGAUGAAAUGUUUUUGAAUUUGGAUAGGAGCUUCUUUGUUGAUGGUCUGGAGUUCCUACAAGGUUUCUGCUACAAUGCCAAUAAAAGAAACCUGGUGGCAGACAUGCUAAAGGAACCGAGAACAUUUGGCCAUGUACAAAACUGGACAUCAGAGACACUGAACCAAGUGGACCGUUUCUUGUUUUUUCUUCCGAAGGAGAUUAUUCAACUCAUCCCCUUAGGUUUGAUGAGCUUGGAGCGCAUUGAGAGGCUGUUCCUGAGUCAGCAGAAGUGAAGUGGGAGAGAGGAGAGCUUGGUUCUCUGUGUCAGAAACCCUCCGAGCUGUUUGACAAGCAGCAGUUUGUACUUCAG